AUGUCCAUAACGGUGGCGGCACGCUUUUUGAGUGAUGCCUUCUUUUUGUUGCGAGUACAUGGCGCGGCUGUGUGCGAUCUAGAUAUAGGACACAACUUAUCAUCACCAUUCGAGACUUUGGUUUCCUCGGCAGCAUGCAUAAUCGUGUCUGAUGAGAUAAUCAUAAGCGUUGGAGCAGUUCUUCGCAUGUGGGAAGGGAUGGUUGGUCGCUCUGUCUUUCUGCUUGGGUGCGUAGCUUUUCAUAGCACACUGGUGCACCCGUUACACUGUGUGUACUCUGUUCUUGCAGCUGAGGAGAAAUUGCCUUACACAGGUCAGUGCAAUCCGAAAUUGAAGUCUCUAGCAUUUUCCGUGGAACUUCUACUCGUGCUUUGUGCCCUUUCUUAA